AUUUCCAAUAUUUUUUCUGAUGUAUUGCACUAGCUAGAAUUUCGAGCACUACAAUGCAUAAGAUGGUGAGAGCAGACAUCCUUGUUUGUUACUGUCUUAGAAGGCAUUUGAUUUUAACAUCAAGUUUGGUGUUACUUUAGGUCUUUAUCAAUUUGAGGAAUUUCCUUUCUAUUCAUAGUUUGCUGAGUGUUGUUAUCAUGAGUAGUUGUUGGCUUUUAUGAAAUGCUUUUUCUUUUCCUUUCUGUAAAAAACAAGAUUUACUUUACGAGAGAGAGAGAGAGAGGGAGAAAGCGUGUGCAGAGUUUUUGAAUUUCUCCCAGUCACUCAUAAAAAUGGACUGAGUCAGUAGGAUAGCAGGAGAAACAUCCCACUGGACAGUAUCUUCAACAAAACCAAAGUCAGGGUACAAUUACCAGAAGAGGUGGGGUCAAAGCACCAUGGGGCUUCAGCAACUUUUCCAAGAUAGUAAGAGUCCUGGAACCUAGAACACAGAGACUGCCACCACAUAACUUAGUCCCCAAAGAAGAGAACUCCACUCUGAGUGGACUCAUCAGCAGGAGAACACCAUUGAAACUGGGCUAAGGUUCCAUAGGCUCCUUCAUGAGCUCCAGUUUGUAGGUAAAUCCAAAAAACUGCAGGAGGCUGAAAAAGCCAGGGCUCUUUGGAGAAGUGGCUGGUUUGUGGCAAAGCAUAGUGUAAGCCUGAGACAACUUGUCUGCCAGAGAGCAAGAAACUUCCAAAGUCUACUAUCAUCAUGUCAUAAGGGCCCAGGCCGAUUGAAGGGUUUCUCUUUGAGUCAAACAAAUUAGGUAUAAAAUAAAUCUAUGGGACACUUAGAGAUAUUCAGAUUUGGAUAUUAGAUAUAAAAGAAUUUUUGGAAAAAAUGAAGACUAAAUGAGAAUAAGCAAAGGCUAUUUAUUCAAAGCAUGUUAUGGCAAGGUAGUCAGCUACCAUCACUUGCAUUUUGGCAGAGACUCAAAGGCAGUAGAGUGGUAAAGCUUCAGAGUGGAAAAAAGGGAAGGCUUUGGGUGUGGUCUGAUUGCAGGCUGUUGGUGAGGGGCAACUGGAGGUAGCUAGUAGAAGAGGGCGUCCUGUAUGAUUGGUUAGGGGAAUAUAUUUGGCAUUCUCUGAUUGAUCCUAAAUUGAAGUGGGGACAAAACUUAGGGAUACUGUCAGUUAUUAAGGUCUGACUGUUCGGGGGUAAUUAAUAGUUUGGCUGCCUGGGCUGAUGGCUAGAGAUGAUGUUUUGAUUUCUUACAAGUCAGUCUACAAGCAGGCUGGCUUCCUGGGCUAGUUAUUGUAGAUUUUGGGUUGGUUUCCUGGGCUAGAUCCUACAGAUUGUUUUUAUAUAUGGUCUUGCCAUUGUCCAUUUGCAUAUUCAGCCUCUCAAAUUAUUAUUAAUUUUUUAAGUGUGGCAGUGGUACAAUGUAAAAAAUAAAAUAAACUGUCCUUAGGUAAGAUAUAUGCCUGAUUAUUUAUAAAUUAAAUAGUUCAGUUAGAGGGGAGGGGGAUUGACAGAUAAAAUACAACAGGCAUAAUCUUGAUAUUUAUGAACCUGGGUUAUGGAUACAUGGAGUCUAGUUAUAUUAUUCUGUGUUGUGCAUAUUUUGAAAUUUCUAUAACAAAAAGUUUUUGCUAGUGAGAAUAGUAAUUGUACCUGCCUUAUAGGGUUGCUUUAAGUAUUAAAUGAGAUAAUUCAAGUAGCAGAUGUAGCAUGGGACUUGGAAUAAGGUGAGUCAUACUUUGCAGUAGGCCCUUGCUGAGCAUGUUUCUGGCAUUACCUCAUUAUUAUGUGAGAUACUACAUGGGAUUAUACUAUACAGGCUGUUUUAGAAACUGAUUUUUUUCACUCAAUGUUUUGUCAGUAAGUCACGGGGAUAAAAGGUACGGCACAGAGAAUAUAGUCAGUGGUAUUAUAAUAGUUGUAUGGUGAAAGAUGGUACACUUGUGAGCAUAGCAUAAUGUAUAGACUAUAUUGUACACCUAAAACUAACACAACAUUGUAUACUGAGCCCUGUGCUUCUGAAAAACAGCACAGGUUAAGAAAUCUCUCAACUUUUGUUGGGGAGACAGUAUAGUGUGGCAUAAGAUAAUAAUGGCAUUUCAUUUACUGGAGGAAAGAACAGACUUUUCAAUGAAUGGUGCUGGAAAGAUUAGCCAAUCAUUUGAGACAAAUUUAGACCCUUUCUCUUAUAAGAUGUGAACCUUAUUAAAAAUGAAUUAGGGAGUAUUAAAGGCAAAACAUUAAGGAACAAAGCAUAAAACACAAAACUAAAUGUUAUGGGUUGAAUUGUGUCCUCCCCCCACCCUUCAUACUUGAGGUCCUAACGCCCAGUACUCCAGAAUGUAACCUUAUUUGGAAAUAGGGUUGUUGUAGAUAUAAUCAAGUUAAGAUGAGGUCAUUAGGGUGGGCUUGAAUCCAAUAUAUUUAGCUGUCCUUGUAAGAGGAAAUACCAUAUGAAGACAGAGACACACAGGAGAAUUCAAGCUAAGAAAUUGGAUUGAUAGCAGCCACAAGAAGCUAGGGAGAGUCAAGGAGGGAUUCUACCCAAAGUCUCAGAAGGAACCAGCCUCACUUGAUAAUGAACUUCUAGCCUCCAGACUGAGAAAAUUAAUUUCUGUUGCUUAAGUUUGUAGUACUUUGUUAUGAUAGCCCUAGGAAAUGAAUAUAAUUAUCUAUUUUAAAUAUUUCAUCAUACCCUGUCACUUCACACCCAUUAACAGUCAAUCCCCAUUCCUCCUUCGCUCCAACCACUGGCAACCUUUAAUAUAUUUUCUGUCUCUCUGAAGUUUCCUUUUUUGGACAUUUCGUUUAAAUGGAAUCUUAUUGUAUUUUGUGACUAUCUUUUUUUUACUUAGUGUUUUCAAAGUUUAUCAAUUAUGUAGCGUAUAUCAAUACUUUAUUCCUUUUAUUGCCAAAUAUUCCACUGUUUGGAUAUACCGUACUUUUUUAUCCAUUUGCCAGUUUAUGGACAUUUGUGCCUUUCCCACUUUUGACUCUUAUGAAUAACACCGCUAUGGACACUUGUGUACAAAUUUUUGUGUAGAUGUAUAUUUUUAUUUCUCUUUGGUAGGUAUCUGGAAAUGGUAUCACUGAGUGAUAUGGUAACUCCCAUGUUUAAAGUUUUGUGGUACUGUAUGGUGACUAACAUAAUAUAAUAAAAAAAACAUUAAAAUAAAAUAAAAAAAAUAAAGUUUUGUGGAACUGCCAAACUGUUUUCCAAAGUAGACGCAACAUUUUAUCAUCCUACCAACAAUGAAUGAGGAUUCCAGUUCCCCACAUUCUGAUGGCUUCUUAUCUCAUUCAAAGUAAGAGCCAGUGUCCUUGCAGUGGACUAAAUGGAGGAAUAUUGUAUUAGUCAGGGUCUUCCAAAGAAACAGAUUGAUAGUAUAUGUGUAAUUAAUUAAUUAGUUGGCUCAUUUGGUUAUAGAGGCUGAGAAGUCCCAUGAUCUGCCGUCUGCAAGCUGGAGAACGAGGAAAGCUGGUGGUAUAAUUCAGUCUGUAUCAGAAGGCCUGAGAACCAGGGGGGCCAACGGGUGAUGGCCUGAGAAGGGAGGGGUAGUGUGCUGGAGGAAGUCCCAGAAUCUGAAGGCCAAAGAAUCAGAAGCUCCAAUGUCUGAGGACAAGAGAAGAUGGAUGUCUCAGCUCAAGAAGAAAGAGAGAAAGAGAAUUCAUCCUUCCUCUACAUUUUUGUUAAACUGGCCUCUCAAUGGAUUGGAUGAUGCCUGCCCAUAUUGAUAAAGAUGGGCUUAUUCAGGAUUCUUUGCCCUUGCCCGGGAGCACAGUUCAGGAGGCAGAUGGCCCCAAGACUACCAAGAGCCCAAAUCCAGGGAUCACUGACAUUUGGGGAUGUAGCUGUGUCCUUUACCCAGUUUGAAUGGAAACACCUGGAUGCCACUCAGCAGGCCCUGUACAGGGAUGUGAUGCUGGAAAACUAUGGGAAUCUGGUGUUUGUGGGACUUCUCUCUUCCAAACCCAAACUAAUCACCCAAUUGGAGCAAGGGGCAGAGCCAUGGAUGGAAGUACAACAGAUUACAUCAGAUACUUGUUCUGUCCAGGAGUACUGGUUUGAAACAAAGAUGUCCACCUUAAAGCAACAUACUUCUGAAGGAUCUGAUCUGGGAGAGCAAACAAAAAAUGACGUGAUGGAAAGAGACCUGGACUGGGAGGGCAGAAGUUCCACAAAGAAGACACAUUAUAAAUGUGAGGAAUGUGGGAAAGUCUUCAAAUAUAAUUCCUCCUUUAUUAGCCACCAGAGAAAUCAUACUGGUGAGAAACCCCAUAAAUGUAAUAAAUGUGGGAUAGCCUUUAUGAGCAGUUCAUCUCUUUUAAAUCAUCUUAAAAUUCACACAGGCAAGCAGCCUUACAGAUGUAUUGAAUGUGGGAAAUUCCUUAAGAAGCACUCAACAUUUGUUAAUCAUCAGAAAAUCCAUUCUAGAGAGAAACCUCAUAAAUGUAAUGAAUGUGGAAAAGCUUUUGGAAAGAACUCUAUCCUUUUACGUCAUCAGAGAAUUCAUACUGGUCAGAAACCCUACAAAUGUAAUGACUGUGGGAAAGCCUUUGCUCAGAAUGUAGCCCUUACUCGUCAUGAGAGAAUACAUAGCGGGGAGAAGCCUUUUAAAUGUAAUGUAUGUGGGAAAGCUUUUAGGGAUAACUCAACUGUGUUGGAACAUCUGAAAAUCCAUACUGGUGAAAAACCGUAUCGGUGUCAUGAAUGUGGAAAAACCUUUAGGAAGAGCUCGACUCUUGUUAGUCAUCAAAGAAUGCAUACAGGAGAGAAACCCUAUCACUGCAAUAAAUGUGGAAAAUCUUUCAGGUAUAGCUCAUCCUUUGCUGGACAUCAGAAAACUCAUAGUGGAAAUAAACCCUAUGAAUGUAAUGACUGUGGGAAAGUCUUUACGAAGAGCUCAACCCUUAUUGGACAUCAGAGAAUUCAUACAGGAGAAAAGCCCUAUUACUGUAAGAAAUGUGGGAAAUCCUUCAGGCAUAGCUCUGGCCUUGUUGAACAUCAGAGAAUCCAUACUGGAGAAAAACCUUAUGAGUGUAAUGUAUGUGGGAAGUCUUUCCCCCAGAGUUCAGCCCUUAAACAACAUAAGAAAAUGCAUAACAAAGAAAGAGCCAUCAAAUGUAGUUAGUGUGGUAAAUCAUGCAGAAGUAAUUUAUUCCUUUUGACCAUCAAAGAAGAGACAUUCAACAAAUCACACAUUUAAGAAAAAUAGUCUGUGUACCUCUAUCCUGGAGAACUUCUCACUUGUGAGGAUAUUCACUGUAGUAUGGUUUUUACUAGUGAAAUAUUUGAAGAACCUUAAUGUCUGUCAAUAUGGAAAUAGUUACUACAGAACACUACAUAGGAAGUAAAAAGAAUAAGGUAGAGCUCUAUAUAGAGCCAUAGAAAUAUCCACAUGACACCUUGUUCGAGUUAAAAAAGCUAGUUGCAGAAAGUCUACAUGUCGUGGUCUAACUUAUAUUUUAAAAAAAUGAAGCUAUUUUUAUUUGUACAUAUAUGUCCUGUGUAUUCAAAAAGAUGUGGUAAAAUAAAGUCCAAA